AUGUCGUUGGCGGGCUUAUGUCUUUACAAUGUUCCUGUCCAAAGUACUGCGGAUAAUAUCGCUGAUAUGGUCACUCAGUUUGGAACACCAACCAAAAUUUGCAUGCUUGUUGAUGAUAAUCAAGAAUUUAGAAAAACCGCAUUUGUAAUUUUCGCUGAUGAAGAUGAAGCAAGAAAAGCAUCCCAGAAUUUGAAUGGUUUGAUCAUAAAGCAUGAUAUGAUCUUUACAAAAUAUGGCGAACUACCUGCUUACGUACAAAAUGAAAUCUUUCAGGAUGAAAAUUCAGUAAUUUAUGUUCAUGACGAUUCAGAAAAGGAAAUCAAUGCAGAUGCUUACUCUCCAUUUACAGACGAUAGUGAUCGUUCCUUCAAUUGUGGGUAUAAAUCCUUUGAUUAUUACACGAAAUAUAAAAGGUGCUACAUACCCCAUCCUCGUGUUGUCUAUUGUUAA